GCACUGGUGGGUGGCACUGGUGGGCACAGGUGGGUGGCACUGGUGGGCACAGGUGGGUGGCACUGCUGGGCACAGGUAGGUGGCACUGCUGGGCACAGGUGUGUGACACUGCAGAGUGGCACAGGUGGGUGCACUGCUGGGCACAGGUGGGUGCACUGCUGGGCACAGGUGGGCGGAACUUGUGGGUGGCACUGCUGGGCACCGAUCAUCAGGGCACUGAUCAUCAGUGCCCUGAUGAUCGGUGCCGAUCCUCGCUCUGACAACUGCCGGUUCUCGGCAGUACUUUCCUCACGAUCUGACAGCGUGAGGAAAGUGCAGCCGAGAACCGGCACUUGC